AUGCUUCUCUCUGCCAUUGCACGCGUGGGAAUGAGAGCGCACUCUGGUCGCGCACUAGCCCAGGGUCUUGCUGCGUUUGCACGAGCCGAUGCCUCUUCCUUUGUCUCCAAGAGCGCCCUUACUGUUGCACGUCCACAAGCAGCGAGUCGCCUGCUGUCCACUACGUCAACCAUUAGACAGCACCCCAAAGAAGAGCUCCAGGCACAUCCCACUCACACCUCGCCUCCUCCAUUGUUGAGCCAAGAGAGCAACGCGCAGGCGCCUGCGUUUGCAAAAGGCGGUUUGUCACUUCCGCUCGAUGGAAUACGCAUUUUGGACCUAACGCGUGUCCUCGCUGGGCCAUACUGUACACAGAUCCUUGGCGACCUUGGAGCCGAGGUGAUCAAAGUCGAGAAUCCGAAAGGCGGUGACGAUACGCGUGCCUGGGGCCCUCCUUUUGCUGGCAACCAACACGACCCUGCAGAUCGAGGCGAGAGCGCCUACUUUUUGAGCGUGAACCGCAACAAAAAGUCUAUCACAGUCAACUUUCGGACCAAGGAGGGGCAGGCGAUUAUCCAUGACCUUGUAAAGAGGUGCGACAUCCUCGUUGAGAACUAUGUUCCCGGAAAGUUGGAGAAGUAUGGUUUAGGAUACGAGCAAGUCAAGGAGCUGAACCCCAAGCUGAUAUAUGCCUCGAUCACGGGCUACGGUCAGACAGGACCCUAUGCUACUAGACCCGGUUACGAUUGCAUUAUUGAGGCCGAGGCUGGCCUGAUGCACAUCACGGGUGAAAGCACCGGCCCGCCUGUCAUCGUGGGUGUCGCUGUUACCGACCUCACGACGGGUUUGUAUGCUCAUGGCGCCAUCAUGGCAGCAUUGCUUGCGCGUGCCAAGACGGGACGCGGUCAGCAUAUCGACUGCUCGCUACUGGAGUCGCAGCUUGCCACGCUUAGCGACAUUGGGAGCAGCUAUCUGAUUUCCGGCCAAGAGCCUCACCGAUGGGGCGCGUCGCACCCGACGAUUGUGCCCUACCAAGCCUUCCCUACUCGCGACUCGCGCAUUAUGAUUAGCGGUGGCAACGAUGGCCAGUUCAAGACUCUUUGCCGUAUACUGGGACUUGAGCAUCUCCCGACGGACAUCCGGUUCAGAACUAACAGCGACCGUGUCAAGCAUCGUGACGAGUUGAUCAAGAUUAUGACGGGACGGCUGCAGGAACACGACAACCAGCAUUGGCUGAAGGCAUUCGAAGGGCAGGGUGUCCCUUUUACAACCAUCAACGACUUUGCACACACGUUUGCCCAUCCGCAAGUGGUAGCGCGCAAGAUGGUUCUGGAGGUGGAGCAUCCUAAGGCCGGCAAGCUCAAGCUCAUCGGCAUCCCUGUUAAGUACAGCGAGUCCAAGCCAAGUGUGCGCCUGCCACCGCCUUUGCUGGGUCAGCAUACACAGGAGAUUCUGCGGGAUGUGCUUCAUUAUGAUGCGGAGAAGGUGGAUAGCCUUGCAACUGCUGGCGCCAUUUAG